AUGGUCAUUUUAGUCUUCUCUCUUGUUCAAUUCCUCUUCCCCGCGUACGACAGAGGGCUUGCAGGCGACAAAGCAGGUGGGGCUACCACAAACAGUGACCGCACAAGUUCAGAAAGUUGCAAGGACAAAGCUUGUUUUGAUACCGUUAGAAUAAUAAGACGCAGUAUAAAUGCCAACGUUAAUCCCUGCCACGAUUUUUAUCGUUUUGCGUGCGGCAGUUUCAGUGAUCCGUCCGAGCAAAUACUCAACCAGAUGACCGAGGAAAUGUACAGCCAUGUACAGAAAGUUCUUGCGGAUCUGAGCGUUCCGAAACACUCACAAAAGCCGUCUGAGAAAGCUGCGGGUUUGUACCAAGCGUGCAGAAGUGUGCGGGAACACAGAGUGGACGAAUCGGAAUCACUGAGAAGGUUUAUGGAUGGUGCGGGUCUAUUCUUGACAAACACGGCUGAAGGUGAUGCCUUGGAUACUAUUGCUAGACUCGCAUUUGUUUACAAUAUAAACGCCGUACUGAAAAUGUCGGCAGAAGAUUAUGCCAGUAAAGCAAACGGAAUACAGCUUAAGGUAGGGAUACAUACAAACCACGUCGAUUGGAUCACGCGACGAGUUAAUUUGGGUUGCGAUCACUCCGUAGAAUUUUACAAACGACAUAUAAUGGCGUAUGGUCUUCGAGAAGAUAGCCAAGUUACUACGGAGCUUAUCAAGCAAAUAAUAAAUUUAGAAGAGAAAGCAGUUGGAUGGCUGCCUGCUGAAAAAUUAAGUUGUCUCCAGACUUUCAUAAGCGUGGAGCGAAGGGUUUUGCCUACAUACACUUCGAAUAUACAUUCACACAAGUGGACUGCACUUCUAACCAAUCAAUCCAACGGUACCUGGAAGACAAAUCAGCAGGUAAUUGUAAGCCCAUGCGCAUUGGAGUAUUUUAAUAAUCUUUAUGGAGGCGUCCAAGCUACCGGUGUGAACCUCUUGGUUACUUGGGAUGUUCUGCGCCUUUUAGCCCCCCUCACGUACCCCGCUGCAGCAUCCCUUUACGGAGAACCAUCUGCUAAAAGGCUCUGUCUGGCUGCAGUUGUGCGCGUGAUGGAGGUGGCCGCAUUGUCAACUUACUUGUUUAAAGCAGUGCCCAGAGAAGCUAUGGGUGCGACGGAAACUCUGCUGAAGAACAUUCGCGAAACUGCACUGAUAAAGAUUGACUCCGCCAACUGGAUAGAAGGACAUUCAAGAUCAGGUGCCUCCCAGAAACUCAGCUCAAUGCAGCCGCAAAUCAGUUAUUCUUCACUUCUAUUGUCUGAGGAAGCACUGAACCAACGGUACAACAUAUAUCCCACGACCGGCUGUUCUUUUCUCAACAUAUGGGUGAAGGCUUCGCGACUAACCGCCAAAGCACUGCUCGAAGAACAGCCCAGGUAUGGCUUCCACGUGGACACACCACUCGUGACCUUUGUUCCAGUCUUAAACAAGAUACAAAUUCCUGCUUUCCUGUUACGGCCUCCGCUCUUCGAAUUGGGUGGUCUGAGCUCCUUCAAUUACGGAGGAUUAGGACACAUGGUUGCACAUGAAAUGAUGCACGCCUUCAACCUGACGGGAAGUCAGAAGGAUUCAAGUGUCAACGGGCGCUACUGGUGGACACCUCUCACUGGUCGCAACUACACAGAAAAGGUGCGCUGCUUCCGAGAAGAGUACGAUCAACUUGUUCAAGGAAGAGGAGGUCAAACUAGAGAAUUAACGGACUCUGAGAUAAUGGGAGACUUUAUCGGACUUUGGCUGGCGUUUCAAACAUUCAGAGACCUUGGAGACAAGAAGCGAUUCGCGGACCUACCAUACAACUCUAGGCAGCUUUUUUUUAUUGCGUCUUGCGUCAAGUUGUGCGUCAAGAGAGCAGCUCCUACGUCCCGUAUGUUGAGCUCUAUGAGGGCCCGUUGCAAUGUGCCGCUUAUGAAUUUUCCGGAAUUCUCAGAGGCAUUUAACUGUUCUCGUGGCACGAUUAUGAAUCCUUCGAGACGGUGUCAGUUGUGGAAGCAUUCAUUUUGUUUUCGCCGUUAAGUGUUGUGAUUAGCCAGUGUUUAUUAUUUUAAUUGAUAAUGCUGUUAAAAUAGGGUGACACUGAAACUUGCUUAUUAUUUUUGCUAUUUUCUACAACAAUUGCAAAUAUCUGAUGCGCUUUCUAAGUUUUAUUUGUGUCUAUAGCGUUUUUUACUCUGGAAUUAUAAUGGAUACUUCACGAUUUCGUAUGCUUCUCAGUGUGAUUGACCAGUUCUUGUAAUCAGAGUUAUCUUGAACUUCUUUAGCUUCGUUUGUCUGCAGCUAUUUGUUUUUUUAUUUUUCGUCUCAGUGCACGACCUAAAAUGUAGAAUUCGCCUAUUUAUGGAGGAUGUCUCUGACUUUUUAGAGCGCAGCUCUUAGGCGCCCGUAUCCGUGUUUCGCGUCGUCGGCGUCGCAUUUGGCGUCGGCGUAAGCGCAAUAAAUCUGGCAGAAAAAUUGACGUCACGUGACCUCAGCAUGAAUUCAAUACCCCGCUACGUCGAUUUUUCCGCUAAAUCUAGUGGUGAAACUGAAUUUGCUCAUAGGUGACGUGACACGAAGUCAUGUGAUGUAAAUUACCCCUCUAAAUUUAGCGGGGAAACUAAAUUGGAGGAGGACGGGAGAGGAGGGGAUGGAAGGGAAGGUAGGGGAGAUGAGGACGGAAGGGGAGGGGCAGGAGGAGAGGAUACGGAGGAGGAGGGGCAUAUAACCUCCCCUCGACCCUCCCCUCCUUUUCAGGAACUGCGCUCUAAUUUCGCAUUACAGAGAUUUGUAAACAUCUUUCAUUUUUCUUUAAAUAAUAGUAUGUAAUAAAGAAACACGUGUCUAUAACUG